AUGCUGACGACGAUGCCGGAGAAGCGUCUGGAAAUGUACCACGUCCACGGUGGAGGAAACAUACAAAUAAUCGAUCAUAAAGCUACCUUCUCUGAGCCAAUUCAAUCGAAGAUUGGUUCUCUUCACAAUGUCAAAUAUUUUCCUGGAGGUGGUGAUAAAAAG